UAGCAAAUCCAAUUUUGUUUAGUUGAUUGUAAUAAAAAUGGAAUUACAUAUUUUGGAACUUUUCAGCGGAAUUGGAGGAAUGCACUAUGCUUUUGAAUGCUCCAAGCUUAAAGGACACAUUUGUGCUGCAAUGGACAUAAACACGGUGGCGAACAAUGUAUAUUUCUACAAUCACCCAAACACUCCUGUGAUGAACAACAACAUUCAAAAACUUAGCGUAAAGACUUUGCAAAAACUUGGAGUUAAUACCAUCUUAAUGUCACCACCAUGUCAACCUCACACACGUGUUGGUCAAAAACGUGAUGUCGAAGACAAACGUUCAGAUGCUCUUAAUCACAUAUGCGAGUUGCUGCCUAAGUGUACCGAUGUACAAUAUAUUCUUAUGGAAAACGUUAAAGGUUUUGAGGAGUCCACAGCCAGAGAAAAGUAUAUUGAAGCACUGGAGAAAUCAGGCUUCUACUUCCGAGAGUUCAUAUUGACUCCCACACAAAUAGGAAUUCCAAAUACAAGGCAUCGUUAUUAUUGCAUAGCAAGAAGGAGGAAAGAUUUCUCAUUUCCAGCUGGUAAAAUAUGGACUUGUCUUUCGACAGAAUCACAAAUGACAUAUGAGGCCACAAAUUUAAGCGAUUUGCUUAUGGAAGAUACAUUAUGUUCUGAAUAUCUUUUGGAUGAAAAAGUACUUAAAAAAAGGGUAUGGCUGCUAGACAUUGUUACCCGCCAUGCAACAAAUACCAUGUGUUUUACCAAAGCGUAUACCCACUAUAGUGAGGGAACAGGAUCAAUUUAUUGUCCCUUGAGUUUGGAUGAAAUGAAAACAAUAUUUGCAAAUCUAAAAAAAACUGAAUACAGUGACAAUUGUGAAGAUGCGGCAAAUUGGGAACUUUUACAAAGGUUGAGGCUGAGAUAUUUCUCACCUCGGGAAGUUUCAAGAUUGAUGAGUUUUCCCGAAACUUUCAAUUUCCCGCUCGAAACAUCAAAUCGUCAGAAAUACCGUUUACUGGGAAAUAGCAUAAAUGUUCGUCUUGUUGGUGAAUUAAUAAAAAUAAUGUGCAAAGAAUAAA